AUGUUUUUUGGUGGUUUUCCGUUCGAAGGGAUGCAUGGAGGCGGUAUGCCUCAUCAUGCAAGGUCUAGAGAUGUUGACACUGAAAAAUUGUAUAAACUUCUAGACCUACAAAAGGAUUGCUCCGAAACGGAAAUUAAGAAGGCUUAUAGAAAAUUGGCCAUUAAACACCAUCCAGAUAAGGGUGGAGAUCCUGAAAAAUUCAAGGAAAUAUCAAAGGCCUAUGAGAUUCUGUCUGAUCCUGAUAAGAGGCGCAUUUAUGAUGAGCAUGGUGAAGAGGGUCUGGAUGGAAGCUAUACCGCAACAGAUGCAUCAGAUAUCUUUGAUCUGUUUUUUGGCGGUGGAAUGAGAAAACCAAAGGGCAAAAAACGUGGAGAUGACAUUGUUUCCCAACUCAAGGUUUCUCUGGAACAGAUUUAUAAUGGUACAAUGAGGAAACUUGCUAUUAACAAGGAUAUAGUAUGUUCGCAGUGUGAUGGUUACGGUGGACCCAAGGAUGCCUUUGUUACUUGUUCAACAUGUAACGGCCAAGGUGUUAGAAUUCAAAUUAGGCAAAUGGGAUCUAUGAUCCAUCAGACACAAUCUACUUGUUCAACAUGUAACGGUCAAGGAAAAAGCUUGAGUGAGUCCAAAAAGUGCAAAUCUUGUCAUGGAAAGGGUGUUAAGCAAACUAAAAAGAUCUUGGAGGUCUUUGUCGAGAAGGGUGUUCCGGAUCAGCACAGAAUUACCUUUCACGGGGAAGCGGAUGAAAGACCGAAUGAAAUACCAGGAAGUGUCAUUUUCAUCAUUACUCAAGCACCUCAUGAAACGUUCAAAAGGAAUGGAAACGAUCUUUUCAUGACAAAAUCAAUCCCCCUUUACGAAGCUCUUACUGGAUGUACAUUCUAUUUAACUCAUCUAGAUGAGAGGGUAAUUAAAGUGCAAACACCUGAAGGUGAAGUUGUUAAACCAGGCUGUUGCAAGGUAGUACCUAAUGAAGGAAUGCCUAUCUAUCAAAGUGCCUUUUCCAAGGGAAAUUUGUACAUUACAUUCGAUGUUAUUUUCCCCAUUGAUAGGACAUUUACUGGUGAUGAAAAGGCAAAACUUUUAGCAUUAUUCCCCUACACACCAGAAACUCCUGGAAAAACUGAUGGACAUAUUGAAGAGUACGUUGCACAGCACUUUGACCUGGAUGAGUACCAAGCCUACGAAAGCUCCGGACAUCAUCACGCCCACGAAGAUGAUGAACCAGAAGGUAACAGGGUACAAUGCAAACAGCAGUAA